GGAGACUGGAGAGAGAGAAUCGUGUCGGGGCGCAGCGCUGUCGGAGUAACCCCGAGUCAUACAAGGUCUGAGUCAGCGGGCGAGCAGGAUUCUCUGCCCUAAGUUCAAGUUUUUUUUUUUCAUAACGACUUCGUGUGUUUUAAAGUUUUAUAUCUCUGAAAAAACCGGGGCUGGGCUGAGCCACGCCAGUGUAACGCAGAGUCUCUGUACGGCGGCCUGUUGAUUGGGAGUGAGAUCAGAGGAGAAACGGAGCAGCGACAAAAGACACACGCCCGGCCCAAGCAGACCCACUCCUACCGAGACGCAAAAUCGGAACAAUCACGGACAGAGGAUAUAUUGUUUUUCUGCGUAUGGUGUGCUGAACAGACUGACAAGGUUAUUCGAUCGCUAGUGAACACGUGUCAAGAUGGAUCCUAAGUUCCUGGUGUUGGCGCUGCUGGGAGUGUUCUGUCUAACCCAAGCUCAACUCGAGGAGAAUGAGUGCAUCAAAGCCAAUGCUAAGUCCUGUGGAGCGUGUAUCCAGGUGGGAGAGAAGUGCGGCUGGUGUACAGACCCUACGUUCCUGAAGCAGGGUGAGUCGACAUCUGCACGCUGUGACGAGGUGGACUCCCUGAUCAAGAGGGAAUGUGCCAAGGUCAGCAUUGAGAACCCCCGCGGUUCCCUGAAGGUCACGGAGAACAAGAACGUCACCAACCGCAGCAAAGACUCCCACAAGAAACUCACGCCUGAUGAGAUCACCCAGAUCCAGCCUCAGAAGCUCAACCUCAACCUGCGAUCAGGAGAGGCUCAGAAGUUCACCCUGAAGUUCAAGCGCGCUGAGGACUACCCUAUUGACCUGUACUACCUGAUGGACCUCAGCUGGUCCAUGAAGGACGAUCUGGAGAACGUCAAGAACCUGGGAACGGACCUGAGGCGCGAGAUGCAGUCCAUCACCUCCGACUUCAGGAUUGGCUUUGGUUCGUUCGUGGAGAAGACUGUGAUGCCGUACAUUAGCACCACGCCGGCGAAGCUGCUGAACCCGUGCAGCACGGACCAGAACUGCACCAGCCCCUUCAGCUACAAGAACGUGCUGAAGCUCACGGACAAGGGCGAACAGUUCAACCAGCUGGUUAGCCAGCAGCAGAUCUCUGGAAACCUGGACUCGCCCGAGGGAGGCUUUGAUGCCAUCAUGCAGGUGGCCGUGUGUGGGGACCAGAUAGGCUGGAGGAAUGUGACUCGGCUGCUGGUCUUCUCCACUGACGCUGGUUUCCACUUCGCUGGCGACGGGAAGCUAGGGGGCAUCGUCCUGCCCAACGACGGCAAGUGCCACCUGGAGAACAACAUGUACACCAUGAGCCACUACUACGACUACCCCUCCAUAGCCCACCUGGUACAGAAGCUGAGUGAGAACAACAUCCAGACCAUCUUUGCAGUGACCAAUGAGUUCCAGCCUGUCUACAAGGAGUUGCAGAACCUCAUCCCCAAGUCUGCAGUGGGAACACUCUCCUCCAACUCCAGCAAUGUCAUCAAACUCAUCAUUGAUGCCUACAAUGCUCUGUCGUCUGAGGUGAUUCUUGAGAACAGUAAGCUUCCUGAAGGCGUGUCCAUCUCCUACAUCUCCCACUGCAAGAACGGCGUGAGCAAGACCGGGGAGGAGGGCCGCAAGUGCUCCAACAUCUCCAUUGGAGAUGAGGUGACGUUUGAUGUGGCCAUCACGUCGAAAGGCUGCCCUUUGUCCAAUAAGUCUGAGACGGUGAAGAUUAAGAUGCAGGGCUUCACGGAGGAGGUGGAGGUUCGGCUCAGCUUCAUCUGUGAGUGCGAGUGCCACGAAGCCGGCACGCCCAACAGCCCCGAAUGCAGCUCAGGAAAUGGCACCUUUGAGUGCGGCGCCUGUCGCUGUAACGAAGGCCGUAUCGGGCAGAGGUGUGAGUGCAGCACUGACGAGGUGCGGACGGAGGAUCUGGACGCUAACUGCCGCAUGGGCAACAGUACAGACAUCUGCAGCAACAACGGUGACUGCGUGUGCGGCACGUGUGAGUGCAAGAAGAGGGAGAACCCCGAGGAGCGCUACAGCGGCAAGCACUGCGAGUGUGACAACUUCAACUGCGACCGCUCCAACAACAAGCUCUGUGGAGGCCACGGGCGGUGUGAGUGCCGUGUGUGUUACUGCGAUGCUAACUACACGGGCAGCGCGUGCGACUGCUCUCUGGACACCUCCACCUGUCUGGCCAAGAACAAGCAGAUCUGUAACGGCCGCGGGACCUGUGAGUGUGGGGUGUGUAAGUGCACCGACCCCAAGUUCCAGGGAGCCACCUGCGAAGUGUGUCCCACCUGUCCCGGGGUGUGUACUGAGCACAAGGAGUGUGUGCAGUGCCGUGCCUUCAGUACAGGCGAGAAGAAGGAGACGUGCGAGUUGGAGUGCAUGUAUUUCGAGCUGGAGAUGGUGAAGAGCCGCGAUGACCUGCCGCAGCCGGGGGCCGAGCCCUUCAUCUCACACUGCAAGGAGCGGGACGCCAAUGACUGCUGGUUCUACUACACCUACGCCGUCAAGAACGACAGCACCAAGGUCGUCCAUGUGGUGGAGGUCGCAGAGUGCCCUGACGGCCCUGACAUCAUCCCCAUUGUGGCGGGCGUGGUGGCAGGGAUUGUUCUGAUUGGUCUGGCCCUGCUGCUCAUCUGGAAGCUUCUCACCAUCAUCCACGACCGCCGCGAGUUUGCCAAGUUUGAGAAGGAGAAGAUGAAUGCCAAGUGGGACACGGGCGAGAACCCCAUCUACAAGAGUGCGGUGACCACCGUCGUCAACCCCAAGUACGAGGGCAAAUGAUCGGGCUUCUGCCUCUGUCUCCAUGACAACACUGUAUGCAAACUAUUCUGAGGGGUGAGGGAGGGGUUUUGGAUCCGAGUGGGCGGGAUCAAAGUGGGCGGGAUCAGAGUGUUCAUAUUUCACUUCUUUUCUGUUGGAUCACCGAAAUGCUUCUUAUGCAUUUUUGCGUUUUUUUGCCACUAUUGAGUAUUUUUGUUUUACUAACUCGUGUUUUUUUUACGCUUCAUCAGAACAUGUACAGUUUGUAUAAACUUGCUUUUGACUGUAUUUUUUUGAAACAGUGGAAUUACAGAGAAUGUUUUAAUGGAAUUGUUUUUAAAGGAAUGGUGUCAGCCACGGGACCGGCACACUCGCUCCGCUCCACCCAGGGUGUGUGUGUGUGUGUGUGUGUGUGUGUGUGUGUGUGUGUGUGUGUGUGUGUGUGUGUGUGUGUGUGUGUGUG